AUGGUUUUUGGGAGAAGAUUCAAACUUCAAACAGAUCAUAAGCCUCUUCUAGCUAUAUUUGGUGAUAAAACGGGAAUUAAGGUGUAUCAAGCAAAUAGACUUCAACGUUGGGCAAUUAAACUGAUUGCAUACGACUUCGAAUUAAAGUUUAUUUCAACUAACAGUUUUGGGUAUGCAGACGUUUUAUCACGACUCAUACAUAACACAAUCAAUCCUUCAGAAGACUAUGUCAUCGCUGCAGUAGAGUUUGAAAUUGAAAGUAAACAAAUUUUACAUAACUCACUUGAUAAGCUGCCGCUUACCAGCAAAAUGAUUACUUACGAAACAGCUAAGGACAAGGUUUUAGCUAAAAUUCUCGAAUAUGUAACUAAAGGAUGGCCAUCAAACUGCAACAACAGUGAGUUAAAAGCUUACUUUAACCGAAAAAACGACAUAUGUAUAGUUGACGGAUGUUUAAUGUUCGGACAACGCAUUAUUAUACCUCAAAUUUUCCGAAAGCGCAUUCUUAAAGAAAUUCACCGAGGUCAUCAAGGCAUAGGUCGUACUAAAGCCAUCGCGCGGAACUACGUUUAUUGGUCAAAUAUCGAUUACGAUAUUGAAGCAAUGGUGAAAAGUUGUUCAAAUUGUGCAGCAGCAGCUAAAAUGCCCACAAAAACAACUUUACAUCCUUGGCCAAAACCUUCUGAUUCUUGGGAACGGCUCCAUAUUGAUUAUGCAGGACCAAUAGAUUCAUACUACUAUUUGGUCGUAAUCGAUGCGUUCUCAAAAUGGCCAGAAAUUAUACAAACAAAAUCUAUAACAGCAACUCAAACAAUUUCCAGCUUGAAAGAAAUUUUCGCUAGAUUUGGGUUACCGAAGACAAUAGUUUCAGACAAUGGUACUCAAUUUGUGAGUCACCAAUUUCAACAGUUUUUAGCGGAAAACGGCAUUAGUCAUAUACGAAGCAGUCCGUAUUAUCCCAUGUCAAAUGGACAAGCCGAAAGGUUUGUGGAUACUUUAAAGCGAGCACUCAAAAAGUUAAAUGGGAAGGGGGUAACUGCUGAAAAUCUUCAAACAUUUCUACAAGUUUACCGAUCAACUCCGAAUAAGCAAAAUGAGGACAGUAAAUCGCCAGCUGAAGUUUUACUAAAAAGAAAUAUCCGUAUUAAACUUGACUUGAUUAAACCAACGCUGGUGUCAGACCCAAAUGCCAAGUUUAAAAACAAGUGCGAUACACAACUCAAAAUGAAAGCGCAAUUUGACAAAAGGCACGGUGCAAAGCCAAAGUUUUACGAAAAACAAGAGCUCGUUUAUGUCAAUAUAUUCAAAAACAAACACUUUGAAUGGACAAAAGGUAAAAUAAUCGAACGCAUAGGUAACGUCAUUUAUAAUGUUCGCUUACAAAAUGGCAAACUUAUUCGUGCACAUGCCAAUCAAAUUCGUGACCGUAAAGAUCAAGAAAAUGAGUUAUCUUUAGAAAUAUGUACUUCCGAAGAUAUCGCCAACGAAAAGUGUUUAGUUGAUGCAUUUGGCCUCUACGAAACAACACCUAAAGAUGUGGUCGAAAUAACUAACAACAACAUGGUUUCGACUCCAGAUCAAUCUUUCAACGAAGUAACCGAGAUUGCAAUCCCUCAAACUGAGAAGCACAAUGAGGCAGUUGUUCCGUAUACCCGACCAAGGCGUACUAGACAUCCUGUUGACCGUUAUAGACCCUAG